CAAUGCCCUCGUCCACCAUCCAUCUCACCGCACCGCUCCGCUCAUGACUGCCGCAGAAACAGAGUUCCGAAAGUUUGCCGUCGGCCGGAUCAACAGCCUCGUCUCAAGGGGCUUCAUUGUCCGUCAAGACUAUCCGAUUUCGUUCUCAGGAAUCGCUGACGAUCUUGCCAUCCCCGACCGGGCACACAUCGACGAGUCCUAUGCUGCAACCCCGUUCUCCAACGAAUACACCACAGUUGUGAUCUCGGUACUGGAGGAGAGAGAUGUGCGCUCAACGAUCGACAUCUGCAGGAGCUUGCUGUGUGACAGGCUAUACCCUUCCAGGGUGGUUAUCGAAGGUAUAUUGGAUCUGCUGGCCAAGCCAUCCAAUCUCUCUGCCGAUCGGGCAAAGCGGCACCACAUCUCAACGGAGAUGGUCCUGGACUGUUUCCACGUCCUUUCUCAAACGCUUGAGCUCCAUGGUGUUGUUCCCUUCCGGAGCAUAUGGGAACUCGAGACAGAGUCGUCGUUCUGGCACCUGGCCGGAUCGUUUGACAAACUGGUGGGCAGCGACAUGGCCGCCGAGCAUGAGCGGGGCCUCGAAGGGCUGAGUUUCCUCGGCGAUCUUUUGCUGGACGAUAUUGCCAUGAACCAUGACGAUCCUGGGCAGUCGCUGCUGGCCUACUUUCUUCGGGGCCCGAGCUCGCAUCCAUGCAAGUCCAUCGAACGCAUCAUGGAAAUGAUCGAACCUUGGCUGGCGAGCACGAGCCCCACUGUUCGACGGCUGGGUCACCAGUGGCUCUGGGCGCUCUCAGAACUUGCACUCUGCGAUUGUGUGUCGCUGAAGACCCUCGAGACCUCUAUCCUCCGAUUUCUCAAGAUCAACAUCUCAACGCCAGAGAAGCACUUUGAAUUCCUCCAGAGUAUCCUGUCUCCAGUACUCAAGGCCACCCUUGCCGACACCCUGAUUAUUCAAAGCGGACGAUUUGCAUCGGAUGUCAGUGGCAAGCUCAGCCAGCCGCUUUCCAUCCAGAAGUACGUCCAGGUGCAUCUGCGGGCGCAGGCCUUUGGCAACGAGCCCGAGCAGGCACUCAAGUUUGCCCGGCUGCUCACCACCCUGCUCGAGGGGCUGACGGCCCUCCACCUGGACGACCCCAUCUGGCUCCGCGAAAACACAUCGGCACUGAACAGCCUCAAGACACAGCUGAAGGAAUACACCAAAUCACGGCGGAGCAAUCGGGUCUCGGCACUGAGCGCCCAACUCGACAUUCUGGACUGGAUGGGGACAGCAAUCGUGCAGCGAAUGCUGGAGAGCUCGCAAGCCGCAACGGCCUGAGCGCCGCAUGGCAUUCGAUCUAUGUGCGAUCCGGCUCGCCGAGGCUCUGGAUCGUUGCUGCGGCGCCUCUAUGAAGCAAGCAUACAGCGCAUUGAAAAUAGUGGAACACAACGAUGCGAGCGCCGAUCGACGCCGAUCAGUCAUGUAACAUUACAUCCGCAAGCCAUCCGCAUGCUGGGGUGUCCUGGUUCAAUGUGGGCACGCUGUAAUAUAUGCGCACCGAUUCCAGCGUCCAAGAA